AUGGAUCGCGAAACUCUCGAAGUGCUCCCCGCGAGCGAGCUGUCCGCGCGGUACGAGCUGAUCGACAUGCUGGGCGAGGGGCAGUACGGCACCGUGUGGCGCUGCGAGGAGCGCGACACGGGACGCCUCUUCGCGUGCAAGCACAUCAGCCUCGCCGGCCUCGGCGAAAAGGGGGUUAAAGCCGCCGUUCGCGAAAUCGAAGUCAUGGCGACGCUCUCGGGUAACCGCAACGUGGUUUCGCUACAAGGGAUCUACGAGGACGAGGAGAGCGUUUAUGUUAUUAUGGAGUAUUGCAAUGGCGGGGAUUUGUUGAACCUGAUCCAGAAGAAAGGUCUCUUGCCUGAAAUGGAAGCCCAGAGGCUGUUUCUCGAAGUGACACGUGGCGUGAAGCAGUGCCACGACAACGGCGUCAUCCAUCGCGACAUCAAGCCCGAAAAUAUCCUCCUCGUUCCCGGAACCGCCGCCGCAUCCGCCGCCGAUACACGCACUGCGAGCCCCACCGCCGCGCCCAAGCACCCCUUUACCUCGCUCCAGCUCAACCCGCUCCGCGCGCGAUCGCGCUCCGUCUCCCCCCCCGCUUCUCCCUCCGCCUUCUCCGCUUCCGCCUCCAUGCCCUCCGCGAAGCUCGCGGACUUUGGCCUCUCUCUCACGCUGCGACCGGGACAGCGCGUGGUUGGCUACGCGGGGAGCUUCCCGUACGAGGCGCCCGAGGUGCUGGCUAAUAAAGCGUACGACCAAUCAGCGGACAUCUUCAGCCUCGGCGUGACGCUCUACGCGAUGCUGUCCGGCACGUGGCCCGCUUUCCACCGCUCGCGAUGCCUCGACGACGCGGUCGACUGGGAGUUACCAUGCUGGCGAAAGGUUUCGGAGGUGGCGAAGGAUUUGAUUCGCUGGAUGGUGUCGCCGCUCCCGCACAUGCGCCCGACCGCGGACGAGGUGCUGGCGCACCCUUGGUUCGCGCCCCUCCUAGGCUUCCCCGCGCAACCCGCGAGUCCCCGCAGCGUUGUCCGCACCUUCCGCACCUGGCGGCGCGAGCGGUCGCUGAGGCAGGAGGAGGAGAGGCAGGCGGCUCAAAAGGAGGCUUCGCAGAAGGUUCGUCCGGUAGACGAAGUUGCGCGCGGCGCGCAUGACGCUGGCGCUUGUCGCGGCGACCAUCGCGGCGACGCGUCCAAGACCGGGCGCGUGGACAUUAUUGGUUAUCAGCGUCCCGUGCUGUCCGUGCGAUAA